AUGGAGCAAGAGGCAGGCGGGCGGGGGGACUAGGGGAGGAGGUGAUUUUCCUCGCUGCUCCCGCUCGCGCUUUUUUUUUCUCCUCCCUUUCCCUUUUUUUUUUUUUUUUUUUUUUAAUUUUCCCCCUCUCGCCCUAAAGGAGUUUGCAAGAGCCGGGCUCCUUCAUUCCCGGCUGUGCCGCCGCCGCCCACCGCUAGCCCCCGUCAGCGGCUCCGCACGGCCGCGGGGCAGCGCCAUGGGCGCCGGCAGCUCCGCCGAGCCGGCCGCCCCGCAGGACGGGGCCGGGGCCGCCGCCGAGCCCCCUCGCACCCCUCCGGAGCCGCUGCCGGCAGAAGACGCGGCAGAGCCCCAGCCACCAGCGGAGCCCGCCAAGGUUUUAAAUGCAAGUUUACCAGUACCUGAUGUUAGUGAAGACAAUUUGAAGCAUGAUGCCUCACCACAGGAGCCACUGCAGCUGGAAGCUGUUACAGCAUCUACGGAACUGGAUGGGCAGCAGCCAGAGGUGGCUUCACCCCUCCAAGAACCACCCAGAGAGCAAACAGAGUCACCUGGAACAAAUGUUGGACAAACAGAACAUUCCAGUGUAACUUUGAAGGAAGACUCUGAAACUAUGGAGACAGUUCCAUCUGACUCAAGCACCAAGGAUGGUGUAGAUGCUGAGAAAGAGGAUGCUCAUUCAAUUAAGCAGUUGCCGGCUUUGGAAGAAGCUGCAGACGACCAGGUGUCAGAGCCACAGUCUUAUGAUUUAGGUUUUAAAAAGGUUUUUAGAUUUGUUGGGUUCAGGUUCACUGUGAAGAAGGAAAAGACAGGAAAAUCGGAACCAGUUCAGCUGCUUACUGUAAAAAAGGAAACACAGGCCCCUGAAGGAGCUGAUGAUCAAAAAGAAGUCGUCUCAGAAGAAACAGCAGUGCCUGAGGAUGUACUCUCUGCAGAAGACAAUACCAAAGAUACACUGAAAAAUGAAAAAACAGAAGAUGAAUCUCCUAAAAUACCAGAAGCAAAUGAGAUUUGUUCUCAGCCAGCUGCCUUAGCCACUGAAACUGCAUCGCCAUUAAGAAAACUUUUUACUCAAGGAUGGACUGGAUUUAGAAAAAAGAAGAGUUUUAGGAAGCCUAAAGAAGAUGAACAACAGUCUCCUGUGAAAGAAGAGGAGCAAGAAAAAGAGGGGACAACAUUAACAACUGAAACCAGUGAAAAGGAGGAGAAACCUGAGUCUGAGAAGCAAGAUGAAGUGAGGACUGUGACAGCAGUAACUACUGAAGCACAGGAGAAGGAGCAAACUGAAGGUGAAAUGCAGGAGUCAGAAAAGACUGUGGCAGCCAUAGGAGUAGAAGGAAGUGAAAAGGAAGAGGUGGUCAAGCAUGAUGAGCAGGGACAAAAAGAGGACCUAGCAGCAGUGGCUGUAAAAGAAAGUGCAGAGGGAAAAAAAGAUGAAGAUGAUCAAGAAAGAAAACUGGUGGAAGUCUCAGAAGAUCUUGGUAAAGAGGAAGAAAAAACUGAAGAAGGAGAGAAAGAAAAUGAGGUGACAGAGAAACCACUAAAAACAAAGUCAGUGGUACCUCUUGUCACUGACAGUGUGAAUGGAGAAUUGAAAACAUCCUCAGAAGUCCUGCCUGUGGGAGAAAAACUGGAGUCCAUGGAAAAGUGUGAAAUAGAUGACAGAACUGAAAUAGCCUCUGAAGAGACACUUGAAACAGGAUCUCUGGCAAUGGAAGUUUCUAGUGAACAGCUUAAAAAAUGGGAAGGAAGAGAAGGCAAUAAACCCGCUCUACUCGGGAAAGAGGCAUUGGAUGAAAAAACAGAGGAAGCAGAAUUGAAAAUGUCACCCACAGCAGAAGAUAUUGCACAGGGAGAAGCUCUGGAUAGAACCACAGAGAAGAAAGAAAGCAAAGAACAUGAAACAAAGUCAACUCUGAGUGCUCCUGAAUUGAAGUCCUUUUCUACUUCUGAACAUUCAGUUGACACAGAGGAUCAUCAACAGUCAGUUAAACCCACUGAUGAAGGACUACAGGGAAUACCUGGCACCGAUACAAUUGAUGCUGACAAACCAGAUGAAACAACCAUGGAAAUAACUUCUGAAGAGGCAGCUGAAAAGAGGCCUCCAGAAGGUAUCACAAAUGAAGCGGAACUCCUGUCUUCUCAAGAAAAGACUAAACUACAAGGCAGCCCUUUAAAGAAACUCUUUACAGGUACUGGGUUGAAGAAACUGUCUGGAAAGAAGCAGAAAGGUAAAAGAGAAGAAUCUAAGUCAGGGGAACAGGGUGAACCAAUUCAGCACUUAUCAGAUUCCCCAGACAGCCCAGAGGAACAAAAGGGGGAGAGUUCUGCUUCUUCUCCUGAGGAGAUGAAUGAAAUUCCCUCUUUAGAAAAACCUGCAGAUGGAAUGCAGGUCACUGAAAAUGAAGAUGCCACAAUUCCAGAUGUGGAGCGAAAAAGAGAAACUGUUACACCUUGGGCAUCAUUUAAAAAGAUGGUGACUCCCAAGAAACGUGUCAGGCGGCCUUCUGAAAGCGAUAAAGAAGAAGAAAUUGAUAAGACAAAGAGUGUUGCAGUAUCUGCAACUGAAAAUGUUGUUGAUGAAAAUCAGGAAGAAAUAAAAGAAAAUGGGAUUGACCAGAAGCCAGAGAAAAUUACGGAAGAGCCUAAAAGAAAGGUUGACACCUCUGUGUCCUGGGAAGCUUUUAUAUGUGUAGGCUCUUCAAAAAAGAGAGCCAGGAAGUCAUCAUCAUCUGAUGAGGAAAGCCAAAAAGUAGAAGAGUCUGGACAGAGCAAAGAGACAGCAACAGAUGCAGUUCUUACCAGCUCUCAAGAGAGUGAUCAAGGACAGGGGAAUUCUUCCCCAGAACAAGCUGGAAGCCCAUCCGAAAGUGAAGGUAUUUCAACAUGGGAAUCAUUUAAAAGGUUAGUUACUCCAAGACGGAGAUCUAAAACCAGAAUGGAAGAGAAGACCGAAGACUCUGUUGUGGGAUCUAGCCUGGAGCAUUCAACAUCGGAUGGUGAGCCUGGAAAAGAUGAAUCGUGGGUUCCAUUUAGAAAACUGAUGCCUGGACGCAGGAAGAAAAAGUCAGAUGGAAAGCCAGAACCAGCUCAUCUUAAACAAGCAAGAGAAGACAUGACAGAAACAGCUGAAGAAGAUUCUGAUAUUCCAGCUGUUGUUCCUUUAUCUGAAUAUGAAGCAGCAGAACAGGAGAAAAUGGAAGCCCAACGUGUGAAGGAUGCUGAAGCGAUGAGAGAAGGCACCUCAGAGGAAGAGAGAGCAGAAAAGUUAGAGGAGACCCUAAGAAUGGAGCAAGGAUCUGGAGGGCUGGUGCAUGCAGUUGCUGUUUCUGUUGUGGAAGAGGAAAGGGCAGUGAGCAGCAUUGAGGAAAGGUCACCGUCGUGGAUAUCUGCUGCUCUGACAGAGUGCAUUGAGCAAGCAAGAGAAGAGGAAGAGAAAGAAACUCGAAAAACGGCUGAACUGGGUGUUACUGUGGAGGAUGCAGUGGUAGCUGCUAAGACAGUGCCAGAGACUAGAAAGGAUGUAAGUGAUGACACCACAGCAAGUGAGCUGGAGCUAACCUCAGAAGCAGUGACUGCUCUGGAGACAGCAGAAGCUUCCUGUGCUGAAGAAACAAUGGAAGUGUCCCUUGCCGAGGAGACAACUGAGAUGGUUUCUGCUGUUUCACAGUUGUUAGAAACCCCAGAUACUACAGAGGAAGCUACACCUGUUCAAGAAGUAGAGGCCACUGAACAAAAUUUGAAAGACUUGGACAAGCAGACACAAAAAGUUCUUCAUGAAGUUGCUGAAAGAGUAAAAUCAGAUGUAGCACAGCUGGUUAGUGAAAGAGCCGUGACAGAAACUAUAAUUACAACAGUACAGGGACUGGAGUCAGAAGUGAAAGGCGAUGCUAAAGAUGGGAAUAUUGUAGGCCAGGAAACUGUUUUGCUUGAGCAGUCCUUGGAAAAAGAACACAAAGAGGAUGGCCCCCAGCCCCAGCAAAGUGCAGGGACCAUUCAGGGCCAAAACAGAGUUGAAGAGAGUGUUUUACCUGAAGGCUCAGAGAAAAGUGAAAUACCUUCUCCGAUGGAAGAAAGCACAGAAGGACGUGAAAAUGUAGAGGUAUUGAGAGAUGAAAGCCAGUGUCAGGCAUAUGAAAAAGCAGUUGUAGAAGACCAUAAAGAAAUAAAUGAAGUGCCGAGGACAAUAGAGGAACCUUUAUCACAUGACAAAGAGUUUCACAGCAUCAAAGCCAUCACUCCCAAGGAAGAGCUGUUUGCAAAGCAGGAGCCUUCAGAACAAGAGAAACUGCCCAUAACAGAAUUGACACUGGAUGAGACAAGAGAUAAAUGUGCUCCAGAAGUAAAACCUGCAGUUCAGGACAAGACAGAGGAUGAAAUCUCAUCCUUGGGGCUUACAGCUGAAGAGGCUGUGCAGCUUGAAGGAGAGGGCAGAAUGCUCACUGUGGGACAAGAGUGCGCAGAAGCAGUUGUCACUGUGGUCCCUGCUAAAAAUGAAAAACAAGAUGGCGUUCCUGACUCAGAAGAGCCAGUUUGUACUGAAGGAGUUCCUAGCAGGACACCUGCCUUGAGAGAGGAAGAUGCUGUGCUCAAUGGAGUAAAAAGCACAGAAGUCACUGUUCCUGAGGUUCCACUGCAGAGCAAGGGAAAAACCUCUGCCCUUCCUUCAAAAACAGUUGGCUCAGAAGCAGCUGUGGACUCUGUGCCCAUCCUAGAGCCACAAUGCACUGAAACCCGCUCCAAGAGUGAUGAAAUCAAAGGUGGCAAAGUGGAAGGAGCUGUGCUCAAAUCUGAAAUGUGGCUGGAGAGCACUUCCACUUUUGCUGAGGCUCCUGUGCAGAUUGAAGCAGAUGGGACAUCUGAUUUAGCAUCAGCAUGCCCAGAGAUUGUUGAAAAUGGAAGUGCUGUUAUUGCUGAUACAUAUCCUAAGAAAUAUGAAACACUUAGCAACUUGGCUGGAAAAGAGACUGUGGGAAAACAACAAGAACUUGUAGAAACCUUGAACUGUCAAGGCUUCCAGAAAGAGGAUAAGAAAAAUGAGCAAUUGAUGGAAGGAGCCAAAGAAGUAUUUGAAGAUGGAAAACGGGAAGCUGUGAGACAUGAUGAAUGUUCAACUGCUGUCCAGCAAGAGGAAGGCUCUGACUCAGCCUCCCCACAGGCUGAAAGCUCGGGGGCUCUGAAAACACCUGUGGCUCCAGCAGCUGCAGCAGGUGGAGAGCACGUCAUGGCAGAAACUGCGACACCCGCAGACAUGACAGCCAAAACUGUACAGCCCUUGGCAACCACACCAGAGCAAAUGGCUUCUGAAGAGGUCCCAGUUUCUACUCUUGACUGUUCAGGCUAUGAGACUGCAGAGCUUGGUAGUGUGGAGGCACCCAAGCCUAGAGUAACUUGUGCUUCCAUGAACGGAGUGUCAGAGGAGGGAGAGAUGCCCCAGAGCACUGGGCAAGCCGAACACAAUGGUAUUCCUUCCAGUCACAGUCUGUCUCCCAGCCAUCCGGAAUUUCAGAAGCACGUUGUUCAGUCUGUGAUUAUAGAGUCCCAGAGUACCAAAGUUGUAUUGAAUGCCAUCCAGUCAGCUGUUCACAAACUUGCAGAAACAGAAGAGUUGGCUGCCCUUGAGUCAGAGCAGAGCAUUAACUCCAUAGGGAAAAGCCCAUCAGAUACGAUCGUACCUGAACUUCUGGGAAGUAUGCAGGUAGAUCAACAGCUUCCAGUAAAAGAGGAAGAGAUAAGAAGUAAAGAACAGGAGCUCAAGCAACCAGAACUAGUGAAAACUGCUACCUUAACUGAGUCUGCAGAAAUUCAUGCAGCUGUGGAAAAAACAAAGGACAUGCCUUUAACUUCUGAGAUGCUGCAAGAUGGACAAAGUCAGAAUUCUUCAACAGUUGUGACAAGCCCUGAAGACAUUUCAAGGGGAAGUGUGAGACUUCAGAAACCAGCACUAGAACAAAGUAUUUCAGAAGAUUCAACCAAAGACACCCUAGAGAUACAUGCACCAAAAUUAAGGGAAAAAGAGGUUGGGUACAUUACAGAAAUCUCAGACCAACAUACAGGACCGCAAAUGUGCAGAGAAAGUGAAGAACAACCGUAUCACCCACCAGUGGAAGAUGGGAAAACACAAAUGUGGGAGGAUGACAGUUGCCAAGAAGGAACGUCUUGUGAUAGACAAAGUCAGAACUCGGUGGCUCUGACGCCUUGAAUAUGUGCUAAGCAUCUGUGUGGCAUUUGGAGAGAUGCCAGUCCUAGAGAACAACUGACAAUCCUGCCACAGAACCAGGAGCUUUAUUCACUACCCUUUAUUCUUGGAUGUUAACAUCUGUUCUUUUGAAGACCUCGCCUUGCCAUUUGUGUUAAAAAAACAAUGCCUUUAAUAUUGGCUGUGUCCAUAUCUGUGUUCCAUUUGAAUGUCAUUUGUCUCUGCCCAAAACAAUUCAUUAAGACUGGAGAUGCACCACGGAGUGACUGGGCAGACCGCUAGAAUUUUUGCCACAGUUAUUAUUGUCCCCUCAUUUAAUGUGUGUUCUGUCUGUCCAAUCUCCUUGAAUCCCUUCACUCGUCCCUGAACCCCCCUUCCUUCUUUCUGCAGUCUCUCAUACCCCUCACAUCUUUUCUAGCUGCCUUGAUCUGACCUGUGAGUGGCUGUAGGUGCUACUCAGCUUGUGUGUGAGGGGGAAGAGAGGGGCUGACUGAUGAGAACACAUGAGACUUCUGGAUAUGUCUGUCAAACAGCAGGUACUGGAUCACGCACAAAUUAUUGAGCAAGGUGCUCAAGUUUGCUGCCUUUCAGUCCCAUUCAGGUAUCUCUGUCCAUCUUUCAGUUGUGUUUGUGCAGGCCUGAUGUAGUCCGAAAUUAUUUCUACAGUGUGGCUUGAAAGGAGAUGGAAAAUACCCUUCCUCUGUUGUUCCAGACUUCAGGUCUCAGGACUGGACUGUAAUGUAUUGAAUAUUUAUAUGUAUGUCUUAAACCCAGUUCUGAUUUUAAUGUAGAGCAAUGAUACUUCUGUACUGUUUAGGCAUUCCCUUAAAUGAAUAUUGUAGAGUAGCCUGGAGAGGCAAUUGAUACUAUUGCAGUGGAAAUUGGUAACAUGUAGUUUCCUAUUUAUUGUUCCAGGUUUUUUCCCCCCUGUAAAAUCUCUCAUAAAAUUUGGCUGUCUUGCUUUGAAUAUUUAUAUGUAUAUCCUAAACCCAGUUCUGAUUUUAAUGUAGAACAAUGAUACUUCCAAUGACCAAAGGAGAGCCCUGACCUGACCCACUGCUCACUUUUACUUGCAGCCCUUCCUGGUUUCUGAGGACCCUCCAGACACCAUUUUACUGUCACCUUGUUCUUGUGCCACUGCCUUUGUACCUCGCCCCUCUCAUUCCAAGCUCUGAUCAUUUCUGGUCACAUCUGCCCCAUCCAACCCGAAGCCUUUCCCUGCUCUACAUUGUCUGACAUCUUUCCUGCAUACACACUUCCUCCUUUUCCAACCCCUGCCUGAACUGUUUUCCCACCACACCAUUCUCUGAAAUUCUCCCCACUCCAGACAACCCUGUCUUUUCUGAGACAGGAGUAGGAAAGAGGAAGAGGACUUGGUAAUGAGUUCUGCCUUGAAUUGCAAAAAGCUGAUGAGAUCUUUGGGGUACUGAGGUCUUAAAAACCUUCAUGAAAGGUGGAUUGAACUGACAACCCCUGAGACUAGAAUGAGCAGGGUGAUAAAAAGAUGCUUAGAAGACCCAAGACUGAGAGUCCUGGGAUGUCUGUCCCCAACAGGAAUUGAUCCUCUCCUUUGUUGUUUACAUUAAAAUCAAACAAGGGGUACAAGUCAGUACUUUCAGCUCUGAUUUCUGCAGUGAAGGUUACAGAUCGCACGUUGUGAAGCCAAUGCCCAUCGAGUUGAACAAUAGCUCACGCUCAUACCUGUAUAGUAAUUUAUUUUAAAGUCAACUUUAGUGUGCAAAUGCUCUUGUUACGGCAGGUGCUGGCCUCUCCUCGGGGCUGCAUGUCCAGCAAGCGAUGUGACUGAUUGCACUGGUGUGAUUGCACCAUCUGGUGCUGCCCUGUGUGGAAGCAUCAAAAGAUUUUUCCUUACCUCAGAGCGAAUGAUAUAAAUAUUUAAAGCCAAACAAUGUGGUUUCAAACAAUCCAGUCUGUCUCUGUCCACCAUUAGCGGCAGCUUUCCCCCAUAGCUUUGGGCAAUUCCAAAAACCUAGGUUGAUUUCCACACGUUUAGGUUGGCUUGCAAGGUAAUGAUGCUCUUAACACCACCUCACAAGUGCAAACUUGGCUGAAUUUGUACAAACUGUAUACCUAUGUACCUUAAGCCAUAUUGCAAUAACUGCAGCAGGUAAAAUAACAAAAGCAUGACCUGUGUAAUCUGAUUCUUACGUUUGUAGCUCCAAAGCUGUUAAUAAUAUGUAAAGUUACUUCUUGUCUGAACCUCAUUUAAAUAAAGCUAGCUUUACCACAAUGUAAAUUGUCUGUUGGUAGUAACUGAGCAGGCAAGGGCUUUUAACUUGCCUGUUUUCUCCAUUAAUCCAGGGCCUAUGUAAGCAAUGCAACAAACCUAACUAUAAAACAAAUACAAAAGCUUCUUUUUAUAACUGACAGCUAAAGAAACCUGCUGCACCCAAAACCAUGCUAAUGGUGCAAGGGAGCAUGUCUCCACAAAAAGAUACUACUUUGUUCCAGUGUAUUGCUUUGGCCUCUGAAACUCUCCUUUGAGACUGUGACUUCUGGCUUGUGCUUAAAGGCUUGAAGCUUUCUCUAAUCCAAUGUAUUGGGUUACCAAAUUUGAUUUUGUGUUCUUAAGGUAGAUUUUCAUUGAUAAAUAAAGUGCAACUACAAAUUUGUUCUAA